AACACAUCCCAUUUGCAAACACCACAACUACCUACAGCAACCAUGGCAGACUAUCCUCCUCAACCAGUAGAUACUAUUGACUGGAGCAAUGUAGGCUUCAAGAUUCGAGAAGUCGCCGGCCAUGUGGAAUCCCACUAUUCCGUCGAGACAGGGAAAUGGACCGAGCCAGUCUUUGUCGAGGACCCCUUCCUGCGCAUCCACGGUAUGGCGCCAGGCCUAAACUACGGCAUGCAAUGCUACGAGGGCAUGAAAGCAUUCCGCGCUCCAGAUAACACAAUCAACAUUUUCCGACCAACCAAGAACGCGGAGCGAAUGCAACACUCGGCAUCGUUCAUCUCCAUCCCUGAAGUACCAACCGACCACUUUCUCGCCUGCUGUAGCAUGGCGGUAGGAAUGAAUGCGGCGUACGUCCCGCCCCAUGAAACCGGCGCAGCCAUGUACAUCCGACCGCUGCUAUUCGGUAGCUCGGCACAGCUUGGUCUCAACCCGCCACAAGAGUACACUUUUGUCGUUUACUGUAUCCCGACGGGCGUCUACCAUGGAUCCAACCCUGUAGACGCUGUCGUCCUGGAGGAUUUUGACCGCGCCGCUCCAGAGGGUACUGGGUCAGCAAAAGUUGGUGGCAACUAUGCCCCCGUCUUACGGCACAGCGAGAAAGCAUACAAGGCCGGGUAUGGAAUCACUCUGCACCUGGACAGCAAGACUAGGAGCGUUGUAGACGAGUUCUCGACAUCAGCUUUUAUCGGUGUCAAAAAGGACGGAGACAAGGUCAAGCUUGUUGCUUCCAGCAGCAAGAACGUUAUUCAGAGUGUCACUGGAGACAGUGUGCUGAGAAUUGCAGAAUCACUUGGCUGGGAAGCCGAAUCUCGAGAGAUUGCAUAUGACGAGCUCAAGUCGUUCGACGAGGUUCUGGCUGCAGGAACAGCAGCUGCCCUUGUUCCCAUCAAGUCCAUUACUAUGCAGUCAAAGGGUGACAAGUUCACAUACAAGGAAGCUGAACAAGAGCCGGGCCCAGUAUGCAAGAAGCUCCUCACAACCCUCAAGGGUAUCCAACAAGGCAAGAUCGAAGACCAGAAGAAGUGGCUACACAAGGUCGAAAGACCAGCACAGUUUGGGAAGCAUAAUCAGGCGAACGGAGCCAACAUAGUCGGUCAACUGCCGUGAAGCGAGCCGGAUUAGACGUCGUACAUGAUGAGCAAUAUGUCGAUUAAUGUGGAUACAUAUAAAAGACACGGACGUAAAUAAAUGGCCAUUCCACGAG